AUGUCGCAGCCAUCGUGCAAGGCAUUACAAAAUGUUUCAGGGGACUUUUUCUCAGCCAUAUACGACAAUGAUUGUACCCAUUCUAUACCUCUGACUACCAUCGCUCGAGCAAGAAAUUGUGCAUCAUCAGGAUGCCCCUUCUGCACUAUUCUUAUGGCCAGUGCUGACCCGUCGUGCUUCCAAGAAGAGGACUUGUACAUCCAUGAUAUGAAAUUGGGAAGAACAGAGACCGGCCCCGAACAGUCUUUUCGGCUUUUAAUCGGCAGCAACGAUUUUUCACGUACAUUCUUCUAUCGCGUGCCGCCUGAAUGGAGACUUCCGCUUGCUGAGUUGGAUAAGCCUUGGGAUGAAUUGACGCUCAUGCGAAAUUGGCUGUCUAAUUGCGUGAUCAAACACUCCAGGUGCAAGCAAAUUGCUAGGCGAGGAUCUCCCAAACGCGUCCUCGACGUUAAAGCCUUUGUGGGUUCGAACGACAUUAAACUGGUAGACUGGCAAAGCGUUCCGACCACAGCAAGAUACGUCACACUCAGCCAUUGUUGGGGCCCAGCCAAUCGCCAUCCGAUCUGCACAAGCAAAGCCACCUUAAGUGACAGAAUGCUGCGGAUCCAAUUCGAAGAUCUCUCGAUGACGUUCCAGGACGCCGUCAAGAUCUUUCGGGAUCUGAAACAAAAAUAUCUUUGGAUAGAUUCUUUAUGCAUUAUACAAGACGAUGUUGAAGAUUGGCGAGAGCAAGCAGCCGCUAUGGCUUCUAUUUACGGUGGAUCACAUGUCACCCUGGCUGCGCUCAGCUCUGCAGACAGCACUCAGGGCUGCCGGACCAGGCCAAGGGAGGCAGGAAUGCCAAAGUUAUCGCGAUACCAAGAUUUCAAUUUCGGUUCUCAACGCGUCAGAAUUCUAGAAGACUUGCCAGCUUACUGGCAUGAGGAAUAUGAGGGUUGCGGAUCUAACCCGUUACGCACGAGAGCGUGGACACUACAAGAAAGAGACCUCUCAUUAAGGUGUAUCAACUUUGGUCAGGGCCAACUGCUUCGGCAAUGCCGUACUAUGAAGGGUUCAUCGGAGCUUCCGUGGCACGAGAUGAUGCAUGAAUACGACGACUCCGUCCCUUUACCUCUAAUGCUCAAUCGAGAAGAAGACUUCACCUCUGAUGGCUCAGCCUUUCAACGCGAUCACUGGUUCAGAUUAGUUGAAGAGUACUCUUCCAGAAAUUUGACAAAGGAAACCGAUAAACUGCCUGCUUUAGACGGCUUGGUCUCAAAUUUUUCUGAGAAACAAGACCCUGGAAAGUACUUCGCGGGCAUCUGGUCAGAUCAUCUACCAUCGGCACUUCUUUGGAGAACCGUACCACCCUACAGCCAUGGUCCAGACCAGCCUGUUAGCCAAUAUACUGCUUUUUUGCCUUGUCGUCCACAAAUAAUUGGCCCCUGCCAUGACGCACGCGGUUCCUUUGACAGCAGUUACGGGGACUUUGAGAUUACGGAUCCUUACAGCCAAUUAGCAGCAGCGUUUGAUACUAUUGGUACCCCUUCUGAUGCCACAUUACGAAUGCGAGGUAACAUUGCUGAAAUUCAAAUUAACAUGCAGCUAAUCGGCGACUGUAUAUCUGGAAAGUUUCGACGUCUGAUUUUGACAGAUGGUGCCACAGUGGGAGCAUUGUAUCCAGAAAUGGAUGAUGACUUCCGAUUUGUGCAAUCUGUACAUGUCUUGAGCAUUCGCUUUGAGCCAUAUCAUUCUUAUGUUGAGAUGCCUGACACUCUCUAUGGAGAAGACGGUCGUCCAAAUGGCCCAGUAAGCUGGAAAGGUCGCAACCUAAAAAUGGGGCUCGCUUUGCUGCGGGCAGGGUCAGGUGAGAUCUACCGACGUGUUGGUUUAGUGCGCUGGUUGAAAAAAGAGGUCUUCGAUGGUACGCUACCUCUAGACCUAAGUAUCAUCUGA